GUUGAUCAGGUGUAGAAGCUACGAGAAGGUGGUUCUAUUUGUUGUCACGUCUCGUGUCUAGCCUGAAUCCUGUCAGGAACCUAACACCCCUUCCAGCUUUCUUCCUCGCGUAACUGUCCUCCGGCGCCCUCUCCUCGCGCCAUUUCUCCUGCACGCCGCUUUUUACGGUCACACGGUCACGGGAGGAUUCGGCAAGCAUAAUCCGGUUUCCUUCGCAAUCCAGAAUGGCGACGUCGUCCACGUGGCGCGUCGUCAUUAGCCUGCCCAGGGCCUUGCCUCGUACAACCAGCCACAAAUGCUGCUAUCGCCGUGAGCACUGGCAGCUAGUAUCGCAGCAAGCCGGCGCCGGCGCCUCAACGGCUCUAUUUCCCGCGCGAUCUCAAUGUCGCGUGCAACUAGAAAUGUCGCAAUGCUCGAUGGUCUCAGUAUUCCAUGCUCACGCCGCUCUCUGUCCCGUGCACGCUGCUGGUUCGUCUACCUACUACGAGCCCUUGCAACACCAGCAGCAGCAGCAGCAGCAGCAGCAGCACCCGUUCCAAGCGCGUGGCAUUGCUUGUGCCUGGGGGACAAGCGUCGCGCGGUUGAUGGAAAACGUCAGUCGGCACCGGUACCCCAUCUCCUGUAACGCGUCCUCCUCUGGCGAGUACUCCACCAGCAGCAGCGACUCGGAUGGGGAGGAUGACGUCAGCAGCAGUGGCGGCAGGGCGGGCAAGGCAAGGCUACCCGCCCGAAUGGCAGUGAAGGCGGAAUUCCUGCAGGCGCGUGAGGCGGAGGCUGCUGUGGAGGACGACGGGCCCAUUCCCAAAAUCACAGAAGACAAGGUGACACUCAGCUUUGCACGCAGCGGAGGGCCCGGGGGACAGAACGUCAAUAAAUUGAACACCAAGGUGGACAUGCGUUUCAACGUGCUCGAUGCUGAUUGGCUGCCUGAACGGAUAAGGUGGAAGAUUCUGGAGCAGGAGAAGAAUCGGAUCAACAGUGAUGGGGAGAUAGUCGUUUCGUCCACGCGCACAAGAACCCAGAAGGGCAACAUCGACGAUGCACUUGCAAAGCUUCAGAAAAUUAUUGAUGCAGCGGGGUAUGUCCCCCCACCACCAUCAGAGGAGAAAAAGGCUCGCAUAAAAAAGCUAGCCAAGGCAGAGAACGAGCGGAGGCUGCAGGAUAAGAAGCUGAAGUCAAGCAAGAAGUCUGACAGGCGGAACAAGGGCAGCUGGGAUUGAUCAAGUGAUUGAGCUGCCUUACAAAAUUAAUGAGAUGGUGUAAAUGUUCUUAUGGUAGGGUACUUCAGAAUGUAGAAGUUCAGAGAUCUCUGCCUUGGAAGCUCAACGUUUCUUGGCCGCUCGUGGGUUGAGUAUGAUAAAA